CUGCCAUCCUUGGUCGACAUAAUAGAGAGUGCCGCACAUGAAUUGCCAUCCAUCUUUCAUCCCAGCAGUCGGUGGACAGUAUUAGUCAACAACGUAUCUGUUGUGAAGUAUGGAGCCUUUGUCUUCGAGAACGAAGGCCAUGCCCUCCUGAUGAUAGAAGGGCUUCCCGACGGUCCUGCGCCUGUCCUCUACGCAAUGAAUCGAGAGGGUGACAGGUUGUUCCUAGUGAUGGAGUAUGUCCAAGGACAACAGCUUGAUCAGGUUUGGAGUGAUUUGUCGGAAGCGCAGAAAUUGUCCAUCACCAGCCAGCUACGCAGAGCGACCGACAAUAUGCGAGGCCUCUUGUCACCCGGCUAUUUCGGCGGCAUGGUGGGCGGACCAGUGCCUCACCGGUUCUUCUUCUCUGCGAAGAAGGAUUCAAGAUCACAGGGCCAUUCGCCACAGAAGAAGAGUUCUACCAUGUCCUCUUCGAAAAAUCAAAGACGAACUGGGAAUGCCAUCGUCGCAGGGCCUGGGUGGCUGAAUUCGUCCGCCGGCACUUUCGUACAGCGUUCAGGAGUCAAGGUAGCAGCGUCUAUAUACUUGUCCAGAAACUUUCUUGCAGCGAGGAAGAUGACAGCCCAGAGUCAGACUACAUGUAUCAAGUGACGGCUAUUGUGGACUGGGAGGCCGCAGGGUGGUAUCCGAAGCCAUGGGCGUAGUCUUUGUGCUUUACAUAUUUUGUUUGGUCGGACGAUUGGCCAGAAAAGCUUGAGAAGGUUUUGGAUCCUUAUGUUCAGG